GUAAAGUGCCCGUUUCCUUCCCCCCUCUCUCCCCCUCUCUCCUGUUCUGUCUAUCCCUCUUUUCUCUCUCUCUCUCUCUUUCACUCAAGUCCCGUUGUGUGGUCAAGUUCAGUACAUCAUCCUCCGGCCCCGUACCGAGAGAGGCUUCUUAUUGGUUCGCUCGCCCCUCUUACAUCACCGGGACGUUUCGUGACGCGCACGUCUUCCUGUUUCCUUCUGCCGCGUCUUAAAGUGAAUCUUUUUAGUGGCCGAGGAGCGCUCCUGCAUCACAGUGCCUCUUGCAUCCCACGCGGUCCGUAUCUGAGGAUAGACGGACAACGGACUCGUGACACUCGUUUCAAUCCACUUUGUCGCGACUCUUUGUCCAGCUCUUUGAAAAAUAUUCAUCCCUCUACAGAGAAACUUCCCUUUUGACGCCUUUGGGAGUUUGAAACAGUCCUCUGCUCGUCUAAAGGGUACACAAAAGGCUUUGGCUAAGAGGAGUGACCUGCGGGAUAUGGCCCAAUAGCCGCAGCACGUGAUGCCGGACCAUGACAGCGACUCCCUUCUGAACAGACAGACCAAACGCAGACGUGUGGACAUUGGUGUGAAGAGGACCGUGGGCAGCAUAGCCUCAGGAGCCACCGCUGCAGAUAGCAUUGCUCGCGCCAAAGCAGCCAUUUUCAGUGCCAUGAACUCUCUGAGCUCCCACUCUCACCACGGAUCAGACACAGACUCCAUGGAUUGCUCUGUAGUGCAGCCACACGGUGGGCCUGGCGUAGUGUCAGCUAGUGACAGUGAGUCCAAAUCAAAUGUUCUGCGAAAGCUACUGAAGAGGGCUAAUUCAUACGAGGAUGCCAUGAUGCCCUUUCCUGGCACCACUAUCAUCUCUCAGCUUCUCAAAAAUAACAUUGCAAAGAAUGGAGGAGGGCAUGACCGAGGGGACAGAGGUGACAGAGAUGUGGGCUUCUCUAACUCAGGGCUUUCCAAUACAAGUUCAGAAGCACCUCAAGAAGACGCAUGCAGUAACUCGUCCCAGGACAGCACCCCUCAGGAGUGCCUGUCUCCCUUUGGCCGUCCUCCUGGCUUGGCCAAUUUUGACAUUGAGCGUCUCAAUGAUGAACAUCUGCGUGCCAAACGAGCCCGCGUAGAAAAUAUUAUUCGCGGCAUGAGCCACUCGCCCAGCGUGGUCGUCCCUGCUUCGUCUCGACAUGAGCGUGACCACGACAUUGAUGCAGAUCGGGACAUGGAGUUAGACUGCCCUCCCCCCAACGCCCAGCAGCAGGCCCCCAGCAGCCCCCGGGGUGGGGAAGUGUGCAGCAGCAACCGAGAGAACAAGCGCAAGCAGCGCCUGCCUCAGCAACAGCAGCAGAGCUUCACUCAGCUGGUGUGUCAGAGGAAGGAGCAGAAGAUAGAGGAGCGCAGGCAACUCAAACUCCAACUGGAGGACAUGCAGAAGCAGCUGCGGCAACUCCAAGAGAAGUUCUUUCAGAUCUACGACUCAACAGAUGACUCUGAACACAAUGAGCUCCACAACGACCUUCAUAAUGACAUAGGAAACAUGUCUGAGGACAGCCCGGCCCGCUCCGACAAUGGUGCUGAUGAGAGAAGUGGAGAGGACCUGCGCUCUGACAAUGAGAUGUCUGACCUGGACCCAGGCCAUUUCCUGGACAGGGCCAGAGCACUACUUCAGGAACAAGCUCUGCUGGAUGGAGACAAGCCACGGAGAGAGGGGCUGGGACGCAAGGGCCCAAUGCAUCCUGAAGGAAAACAGCUGGCUGAAACGCUGAAGCAGGAACUCAACUCAGCCAUGACCCAAGUGGUGGACACAGUGGUUAAAGUGUUUGCCAAGCCUCCACGCCCCACGCCUCAACAAGCCUUCCCCCCUCUUUCCCUCCCUCCUGAAAGAUUUCCCCCCACAGUGAACGGAGACAAUCCUAACUUCCACACAGCUAACCAGCGCCUGCAGUGCUUUGGUGAUGUCAUCAUUCCCAACCCUCUGGACUCUUUUGCCAGUAUGCCAGGCCUGCCAGGGCCAGCCAACGACCAAACAGAGGCUCUGCCUCUAGUGGUGAGGAAGACCCCCAGUGAACACCACCACCAGGCCUCAGCUGUAGGGGCCCAUGGUGGGCACCAUCACCCAGCUCUCCACCCCUCCUCACUGUCUGCCUCUAUGGGCUUCAGCCCCCCAUCUUUCAGGCACCCUUUUCCCAUUCCACUCUUAGGUUACCCUUUUCAGAGCCCUCUGGGAGCACCCACGGGUGGUUAUGGAGGGAAAGACCGGUCCUCACCUGAUUCCAUGGACCUGUCCAGAGAAACAACCAGCCUGAGGACCAAGAUGGCCGGUCACCACCUGAGUCACCACCACCAUCGCUCUCUUUCACCAGCACACCCCGGCAGCACAGCCGAAUCUCUGUCUCUGUCCCUCAUCAAAUCUGAGUGCAGCGACCUCCAAGACAUGGCCGACAUCUCGCCCUACUCCGGCAGCAAUAUCCAGGAGGGUCUCUCCCCCAAUCACCUGAAGAAGGCCAAGCUCAUGUUUUUCUACACUCGCUACCCCAGCUCUAACAUGCUAAAGAUGUACUUCUCUGACGUGAAGUUCAACCGCUGCAUUACAUCCCAGCUGAUCAAGUGGUUCAGUAACUUCCGGGAGUUCUACUACAUCCAGAUGGAGAAGUUUGCGAGACAGGCCAUCAACGACGGAGUGACUGGGGCGGAUGAGCUCGGAGUCAGCCGCGAUUGUGAACUCUUCAGAGCCCUCAACAUGCACUACAACAAGGCCAACGAUUUUGAGGUGCCUGACCGUUUCCUGGAGGUGGCAGAGGUCACGCUCAGAGAGUUUUUUAACGCCAUAGUGGCUGGUAAAGACGUGGACCCCUCCUGGAAGAAGGCCAUCUACAAAGUCAUCUGUAAACUGGACAGCGAGGUGCCCGAGAUUUUCAAGUCCCCCAACUGUCUCCAAGAGCUCCUACAUGAGUAAACCACCAUUCCUGCUCCUCCUUCUACUUCUGAACAUCCUAAUAUUAUUUAUCUGAUUUUUGAAGAGUUCCAAUUUUUCCUUUUGAUUUUGUUUAUUUCUGAAUGUAUGGAAGUUAUGAAGUAGCAUUCCCGAUUUGAAGGCCACUGCGGCGAUUCCUGAAUGAACCUAGCUAUUGUGUUGUUGUUCUUAUAUAAUUAUUACUAUUAUAAUUAUUAUUUGUUUAUUUUUUAUGAUUCUACUGAAAUGAAGAGACUUUAAUGUUAUUGGGUGUUUUUUUUCUUUUAUGGACUGUGUGAUUCCUCAUCCAUUUGGCUUGUUGUAUGAAAACUAACUUUAGUUGUGAAUGUAUGAAUGGGGCCCUCGUAUACACUGUUAAGAACAUAGAUUUUACUGAACUGAUUUUGAAGCCACUGACACUGGACUUCUGGGGGUGUUUGACUGGACAUGAGUGGUCUGCACUGGUCUGUGAGAUUUCGAUUGCUGAACUUGACCAUGUUUUGAAGUGUGCAACUCUGGCACUGUGUUAAAGGGGUGUACAUUAUUUUGAUGAUUAUUAUUAUUGUUACAAUGUUGUUGUUUAUGAUUACUUGUCAACAAUGCUUGCUGAGGAUUGGCACUUGGAGAUUUUGUU